UGGCGAAAUAAUCGAAGCAUAUGUAAUGCUUUCUUCAACAUCAAAACUCUACACAAAUAUUUCCCAAUUUUUCAAGAAAAUAAUCAAUUACUAAUCGAGAAUUUGAACAAGCAAGUUGGGAAAACGGAGCUUUUCGACCUUGGGGAGUACAUCGCUGACACAAAUAUGGAUUCAAUAUUUCGUAAGAUAUAGUAGAUUAAGAUGUAAUUAAUUAAGAAUUCCACCAGAUUAAUAAUGUGAUGUCGAUUAUUGAGGUUCUUAUAUAAUUUACCAGCCUCAACCAGCCACACAACAUAACCUAUAUAAACUACCACCUAAAAAGUAUUAUAAGCAUGGCGAAGGAUGUCUUGGUUUUGGUAUGUUGAAGAGGUCAUUUUUGAUUUUCCAAGUAGUUUUCGAAAUAGUUGGGAAACAGAAAUCAAAAUUAUAAAAAAUCCAAAAGGGUGUAAUAUAUUACCAUUUGUUGCCGGUUUAAUUCAUAUCCAAUAUUUCAAUAUGGGUGCGCCGAUGGUUAAAAAAAAAUCGUUAAGAUUACACGUUAGGAAGUUAUACUAAUAAUAGAGCAUAUUCCAGUUUCUGAUAUUUCGAGGCCACACAGAUUAGAUUUCUAUUGAAAAAUUGUUCAAUUAUUUAUUUUUAACGACAAUCUCAUGAUGAUUACAAGAUUACGAGUCUGCCUAUUCUAAUUGAUAUUAGGCUACAUACAGCAACCAUAAUUUACCUAGUUGUUAGUAGCGUAUAGAACAUACUCAAUACUGUAUAUUAUGAUGAAGUAUGUUUGUGUACACACGAAUCAAUAAUAAUUGCUAUAAUUAGAUAUUAUUUUAUACAACUUUUUUAAUAAUUUAACACAUGUCUUAACAUUAUAGUGAAAUAGUAGCUAAGAGUAAGUUCAGAGCGUAACAAAAACACUACGAAUAUAUUAUAAUAACACAAUAUUUUUUUGGUCCUGAGGUGAUGGGGUUUAAACUCAAAAGUGCCUCCCCGUAUAUACGCCGCUGCUUUUUUUCGUGGAAUUUUGUGUGUAUAAUUCUAAAAACCUUUAAAAUUUACUAGGUUUAUGCUCAUCUUACUGCAUCAAUUUAGUCAUUUUUGUCGGGCUGAAAACCCUGUAUUUAUGUAAUAUGUUCGUUUAUUAUAAAACAUAAUCCAAUUAAAAUAUUUUUUUCUAUAGAUAUCAUAUUAGGAUACGAUUUGAAACAGCAACUAUCUGGCACUUCGACUACAAUACGCAUUGGUGUAGAAUUGUAUGAACUCCAUAACAUCUUAGUACCUAAUUUCAAAUUGCAUUAAAUUUCGUCGUUUUAUUUUUUAGAAAUUCAAAGAUGAUUGGGCUGAGAGCUUACCAAAUUUGGUUGCAUCCAAAUUUCAUAUUCAAAUUAUACCAAAGGUUGACCGGAAUUUCAAAAACAAUAAAUAGUGGAUAUUAUAUUUUAGAUCAGGUAGAUAACGAAUUAAGGUAUAUCCCGUCAUUUCAUUUAUGUGUGCUGUCCGAAUAAUUUAAAUAUUAUAUUGCGGAAAUAGACUAUCAGUUAUCGUGGAAAUAUUAAUUUGUACUUAAAACAAGCCACAGGCUUGAUUUUAGAUUCUGAGUGGAGUAAGGAAUGUAUAGUUUUCACAAAAAGGUGUUUUUUCUUUUUUCCAUGAACAAGUUUUCUACCAGCAAUUUUGCUCCAGUUUACAAUAAUAGCACUUUUUUUUGAAAGGGAAUCAGGUUGAGGAGGUAUUUUAAGUAGCUUUUUUUUGAUUUUAUAUUUUUGUUUAUUGUCAUUUAAACUAAAUACACAAACCAUACGAAUCAAAUAAAAAAUAUGACCUAAUUGGUCUUUUGAAAUAUAAGUCGAAUAAAAACUUUGUCCAUGAACCAUGCGAAGUGUCCGUUUAUAUUAUGGAUAAGACGAUUUCAAUGAAACUUAUAGUUAACUUUUUAAUACUUUUUUUUAAUAAUUGAUAAACUUUUAUCUCAUUCGAUGAAAUAUCAUGACAGAUUCAGAAAAGCAAAGUGAAAAAAACUCAAUAAAAAUGAUUUAUGGGCAUUGAAAACGAACUGCAUAACAUUAGUAUUGUAGACGCCAUAUUAAAAUGUAACCGUACCUAAUUCAUUCCUACAUAAUUAAACAUUUUUAUAGCUAGUAUAUUAGAUUUAAGUUUGUGGAUCGUUUCAAGUAGGGAGCGAUUAUACUCCAUCUGGGUUUAAAUAUUAAAUUAAUAAAUAUUAGAUUCUCACUAUGAAAUUAGAAGAAUUCAAAGAGAAGAAAUCAGUAAUCAAAAAAUACCCCUCGGAUUUUACCGAUGAAAAUUAUGGUAAGUUUAAAACUAUAUUUAUAUAAUUCUGUACGUGUUUUAUAUUUUUUCAUAAAACUUUUUCAGAAAGUUUGUUGGAAACGAUUUGGAAAUCAAGCGAAAAAAUCGAAAACUUUUCCGAUAAAUUUAUCAAAGAUGAGAUAAGCUUCUUUGUGGGC